AUGGCAUUAGACAUUAAGAUUUCACAGCUGGGGACAGUGAUAUUAGAGGAAACUGCAGUAGGUCAUUCUAAUACAGAUGCAGGGAGCAGCAUUACCCCCAAGUCAGCCAUGCUGCAUGAGGCUUACUACAUUUUUGACACUUUCAGGCACUUCUUUGCAGAUCUGGUUCAUUCUUGUUCCAGAAUACAUCUUGGUAUUGGCUGCAUGAUCAUCAUGAAUAGGAGGACUGUACAAGAAAUUUUGCCUGUAAUUGUGGUUAGAUUUCUUAAUGAGUGGCUACUCCGUGGAUUGGUUUUAGUCAGCCUCCUCUUACAAAUUGAGCUCGUCCUCCUGGGCAACAGGAGAAAAUAUACACCCGGAAAGUUGCUUAGAUUCACCAUUUGGCUAGCUUACACAACCAAAGAUUUGGUGUUUGAUAUUUUUAUUGGCGUACUCUUCAAGUGCCUGGGAGCUGGAAACGAUUACUCAUCACAACAAAACGAUAUGAUAAGGGCAUUUUGGCUACCAUUUCUGCUACACCACCUUGGAGGCCCGGACACCAUCACAGCCUAUUCUUUGGCAGAUGAUGAAUUAUGGAUAAGACCCUUCAUUCAUCUACUCUUGAUGUUUCUGUGGGCAUUGAGCAUCUUUUUAAGGUCCUGGAAGCGCACACUACUCAAUAUUCUAACCUAUUCAAUGUUUGUGACAGGACUGAUCAAGUUUGGGGAGAAAACUUUGUUUCUAAAGUCCGGAAGCAUGGAUCAUUUUAGAGAUUCCAUUAUCCGUCAUCCAGGCCCAGAGGUCAUUGACGACUAUAUACCUUCGCCAGACCCCAGUAACCAAAGUAUCCCAGAUGCAGUCCCUUUGCAAAAGGCUAACAAAUUCUUCCCCAAGUUCAAGCGUUUAUUUACAGAUCUCGUCCUUGAGCCGACAGCCCUUGAACAAAGCAAGUCCUACUUCAAGAAUAUAUCUUGGACAGAAGCUUUCCAAGUGAUUGAGAUUGAGCUUGGAUUCAUGUAUGACAUCUUCUAUACCAAGCCAAUGAAGGCUUAUGAUAAAUUCGAUCUCCUACUCCGUUUCAUCUGUCUAUUUCCAACAAUCUCAACAUGUUGUGCCAGCGGAAGCUUUGAUGCCAACGAUGAAUUUGGGACAAUUCCCAACACAACAUUCAUCGGCUUCUUGAUAAUUGACAAGCAUGAGUACUCAACUACUGACGUGAUUAUAACAUGGUUGUUGCUGGCUGGAGCAAUUGUUCUGGAGAUCUAUUCUAUUAUUCUACUGUGUUCCUCUGACUGGACCACGAUUUGGUUGAACAAACAAGAAAGAACACGAGUGACUCUUAUCUGUGAAGCCAUAUCUAGUUGCCGACUACCUUAUCUCUUCCCUGCAAACAAGAGAUGGUCUGAUUCCAUGGCACGGUACAAUCUAAUAAGUUACAGCUUCAAAAAAUUGCCUAUCAAGUUCAGUGAGGUUAGGAAGUUCUUUCGCAUUUCUCAGAUGUUGAAGUGUUCUUCUAAGAAUUCAGAUGUCCCCAAAUAUUUGAAAAAAAUGAUCUUUGAACAGCUUCAGAAGAAAUCAAAGCAUACCCCAGGCAUUAAGGAAGCCAAGGAAUUAUGUGCUGACAGAGGAAAACGGACACUAGAAGAGAUGAAAUGUUUCUCUACCUUACAUUGGAGCAUUGAGGGAGAAUUCGAUGAGUGCAUUCUAGUCUGGCACCUAGCAACUGAUCUCUGCUACGAUACUGAUCUAAACAAAAAAUCAAGCCCUGCCAAGAACUCAAACCGUGAAGCAAGCAAGCUGCUAUCAGAUUAUAUGGUGUAUCUUCUGCUCAAGCGCCCCCUUAUGCUUCCUCCUGGAAUUGGACAAAUCCGAUUUAGAGACAGCUGUGCUAAGGCCACAAAGAUUUUUCAGACUGUAAAAGAUAGAAAUAUCCAAUCUUGUAAAAGGUUUCUUCUUCAAGUGAACACUGAAAUUCCACCAUUGAAAGCGAAAGGAGAUGGAAGCAAGUCAGUGUUACUCGAUGCCUGUAGGCUGGCCAAGUCUUUGCAAUCUCUGGAGUCAGAAAAAUGGAACAAUGAAAAGAAAUGGGAGAUGAUGAGUCAUGUGUGGGUAGAGAUGCUAUGUUAUGCUGCAUGUCACUGUCCACGGAAUGAACAUGCCAAGGAGCUAACGCAAGGUGGAGAGCUGCUCACUCAUGUCUGGCUUCUCAUGGCUCAUUUUGGUAUUACUGAACAUGUAUGCCAGGAUUAG